CAGCAGGUAAUGAUGACCGUGCACCAAGCAUGUUGCAAAACCUGACACAACCGUUUUGCAACACGUUCCUCGUGAGGUGCAGGCAGAGCAACGGCAAACCAGCAUUAAUACGUUUCAGCACAACUUGACAGACACGCACGUGAACAGCUGUCAAAUACCGAUUCAUGGAAUGACCUAUCACACACAUUUCGCGUUUUAUCGUAUCACGGCCAAAAGGGCCAAAAACGGUUCUUGAAACGUUUUUACUUCGCAAUUCACGUCUAACCCUUAAAUUUCAGAAAUUGAGCACUGCUAUGAAUUUCAAAUGGAACACAACAUUACCAAAAAAACAGCACAAAAACAAAUCUCCCGAUUUUGAGGUGGACGGCAGGAUAUGGCGCAUAGUACUGGCGAACUACGAUGGUGUGUACGUGUCGCUGGAGUACAGGGGCACAUCAAUCAUACCUGCGCACACGAUCACACACUUUACCAUUAAUGGCGAGAGUUUUGAGCUGAGCUACGAGUACAACCGUUUCGACAAUUACUUCGGGAAGUACCUUUUUAGGAACGAUGUGGACGUGAAUAACAAUAUGGUGUCUGCGGACAAGACGGGCGAGAAGACUGGCAUGUCAACGCACACGGCUAUAUCGAUGCACACUGCAGAGUCAUCUGCCAUGUUUCAGUCUGCUCAUCAGAUCGAUGAUAAUAUCGAGAUUGAGGUGCGUAUCAGGCUGAUAGGUGAUUAUAACAGCAAGGGGAGCACGGGGUAUGUGGGUAUAAGAAAUAUGGGAGCGACCUGCUACAUCAAUUCGUUGGUUCAGGUGCUUUACAAUAUAAAUGCAUUUUAUAACAGGGUAAUGAGCAUUAGAACGACCGUUGAGCACGAUGACGGUAUGGCAGGUGAAUUGGGCAUGGAUGGAGGGCUGAGCAACAACGGAAUGAAAGAGGGGCUGAGCAACAACGGAAUGAAAGAGGGGCUGAGCAACAACGGAAUGAAAGAGGGGCUGAGCAACAACGGAAUGAAAGAGGGGCUGAGUAACAACGGACUAAGUGAAAAUAGCUCGGGAAAGGACAAGCGGAAAAUGGAAAAGAAAACAAAUAAAUACAACUUAAAGGCUCUACAGCAGAUGUUCUACAAGCUGCUCACCUACAAGAGCGAGGUGUACCCCGAUCUCAUGUUCAGGAACCUUUCUCUGCUCGGUCCUCUCGACCAGCACCAGGAUUUCCACGAAUACUCAAAGAAACUGCUCGACGAGCUCGAAUACGAAACGGACGAGAAGUGCUUUAACAGCCUGUUUGACGGCGAAAUAACGCAGUACAUCCACGCGAAGUGCGGAUGUAGGAAGGAGAGCGUUGAGAAGUUUUAUGAUCUGCAACUGGACGUAAGGCAGAACAUAAAGGAGGCGAUGGAUGCGUAUUUUGAAGAGUACGAGCUGUGCGGUGAUAAUAAGUACCGGUGCGAUACGCAUGGACUGGUAGACGCAGUGAAGGGACAGGUGAUCAGGAAAGUGCCUGACGUUCUGUUCGUACUGAUCAAGCGCUUUUCCAUGGACUGGGAUGCUAACGAGGUGGUGAAGAACAACGGGUACUGCGAGUUCCGGGAUGAGCUGGAGAUCAAUGGUGAGCGGUUGAUGCUCAAGGGCGUGGUUGUGCACAGCGGGGUGAGCAGUGAUGGCCACUACUACUGCUAUGUGCGGUGUGCGCAGGAUGAUGCCGGGCAGCGCGUAUGGCUGAAGUUUAACGAUCAUAUCGUCACCAAGGUGACCGAGAAUGAGGUGCUCGAGCACAACAGGGGCGGCAAGCACCCGUAUCGUAAGGUUGAACUCCCGUUCAGUGCGUACGGCCUUUUCUAUCUGAAAGAUGACAGCGUGGAGAAGAUGCCGCUUACAGAUGAAAUUGUGUCAGAGAUAAGGGCGAACGAGGCGCGCUCGUACAACUGCAACAUCCUGACAAAGGACAACAUCAAGGGGCACACCGGGCCAGGCUUCUACAACAUUACGUGCGAUUACCCGCGUACCCAGCUCUACACCAUGAACAGCGUAAAUUUUAAGGAAAUGAACGUGGAGAAGAAGUACCACUACGUGUUCGAGGUUAGGGACGGCGAGCUGUGCACGAAGGUGAGGUGGAGCGAUAACGUGCUCAUCUUCAGUUUCUUUACGAACGUAAAGUACGAUUUUGUGAAUGAGCACCGACUGGUGUUCGUUAAGAAGCUGGAUGAUGUGGAGAGCGUGGAGUAUGACUACAGCAACGCGUUGCGGCUGAUUGAUAUAAUCGUAAUUGGAAAGGAUGAGAAGGUGAGCGAUGCGAUCGUGCGGUACAUGGGGAAUGAGAGCCUUGAGGUGUACAUCGAGGAUGAUUUUGGUGCUAAACGCACGCAUGCAGGCACAAGGAACGGAACGAUUGCCAUCGUGUGCACGAGCACGGAGAGAGCGAUCGAGCAUCUGAGGUACCUUGCAGACAGGCGGUGCAUCAAUUUUGUGAACCGCAGCAGGUCUUUCACGCUGUUCCUCAAGCGGACGUGCAACUACGCGCAGGUGACCGACAUCGUGAAAGAAUACCUGAUGGAUCAGAAGGUAGCGAUCGCAUACUUCAAGGAGAGCGUGAAUGACCUGAGAACCAACCAAGUACCGUUCUACACGGAGGAUGGGCGUAGGUUGGUGUACUUUGGCAGGGGAUGCCUUGAUUACAACCGGAUACGCCAUAUUCACGUGCUCUCCGUGGAUGAGUCAAUCACCGUGAGCAAAUUCAAACACAAGUACAAGCCGGGGUGUGUGUCCGAUCUUACGGCGUACUACGUUGUUGAGUGCGUGGUGAACACGCCGAUAAUACGCGUGCUGAACGACGAUGAUGUUAUGGGCACCACAGGCGGGCUGCUCGUGUUCGAGUGUACACGCUCAAAGUUCUUUAGAGCGUGCCAUGCCGUGUACGCCGACUCGAAGUACCAGGUAACAGGGUUUCCGUUCCUGUUUUUCUAUGAGAAUGAACAAACGUUUGGCGAUGUGCGUAUCAGGUGCGGGUUCCUUGGCAAGCUCGUGCUCUUUGAUGGGGAGUGCUACAAGGAGUUAGACAAUGCUGAUCGGGUUGAGCUGCAGGAUAACGAGAUUGUGUUUAUUAUGCGGGGGUGAGUGUCAGUAAAUAUGAUGUUUUAUUUUUGCUUGCGUUAUUUCGUACGCUACAGGCACAGCUAUUUUCGUUAGAAGUGCUAAUUGCUGUUCAAUUCAAAUGUUUCAUCGCACUUCGUACGCUCGAUCAAAU